AUGACCUACGGUAUAAUCCUAUGGGGAGGGUCUCCGGAUGCUGAUAGGGUUUUCAUGAAGCAAAAUUGUGCAUUAAGGGUGAUGAUUGGAGUUAAUAGGAUGACCAGCUGCAGGCCGUUUUUUAAGAGAUAUGGCAUACUCACAGCUCCAUGCUGUUAUAUUCUCGAGUGCCUCCUAUACAUUCAUAGAAAUAAGAAUACUCUUCUGAAACACUCCGCUAUACACGAUCACCAAACAAGAGCUAAAGACAAAUUCAUAAUACCCAGACAUCGAUUGAAGAGGACGCAGAAUAACCACAUUUUCCACGGAGUGAGAUUGUAUAAUAAACUUCCAGCUCAGGUUACCUCCCUUCGUUGUGGCGGUGUGUACAAACAACGUUACGAGAGGGUGUUCAGGGAGCUGGAGUUCACCAAAAGGAGGUUGAGGCAGCAGCACGAGGACGAUCUCGAGCAGCUGGUGGGGCUGAAGAAGCAGCUGGAGAAGAAGUUGAAUGAUGCUUACGAAGAAGCUGAAGAACAGAGACAGGUAGUCGGACAGUGGAAGAACAAGGUGCAAUAAUUGAACGGCGAAAUUAACUAUCUUAAACUGCUGCUCGAAGAGCAGAACGCAAGAAACAAUCUGCUGGAGAAGAAACAGAGGAGGUUCGAUUCGGAGACCCAGAUGCUAAACGACGAACUGAAAAAAGAGAGGAACGCCAAGGAAAGAGCGGUUCGAGAAAAGGAGGUGUUGAUCACAGAGAAAUACAGCGUGGAGACUGCGCUUGCGGACACCAGGUUGGAGCUGGACCUCAAAGAGCAGAAGCUGAACAUUCUCCAGAGGGAAUACGAUGAAUUAACUUGCGGCGAAAGGACAGAAGAGGAAAUAACGAACCUCAGGAGGCAGAAGAUCGAGCUUGAGAGGAAAGUGAAGGACCAGGAGGAAGAACUGGACGAACUGGCUAGUCAGGUGCAGUUAUUGGAACAGGCGAAGUUGAGGCUGGAGAUGACCGUUGAGAGCAUGCGGAAGGAGGCCAAGAAAGAGGCAAACCUGAGGGACGAGGAGAUGGAGGAGAUGCGAGGAAAUGCUCAGAAAAGGGUCAAAACUCUGGAGGCUCAACUGGAGAACGAACACGAAGAAAGGACUAUGCUUCUGCGUCAAAAACACGAAUUGGAGCGAAGACUGGCUUCUGCUGCCGAAUCCGAAAAGCACGAUAGGGAGGGUGAUGAGGUGCUGAUCAGGAGGCUGAAGAACGACUUGAGAAAAACGAAGGCGUUGCUCAGGGACUGCCAAACGCAACUGGACAUGCAAAAAGCUGAUGCUCCAGGAAAGAACGUUAUAAGGCAAUUGAAGAACCAAGUGGAAGACUUAGAGUGCGCCAGGGCCUUGGCGGUCAAGAUCAAACAAAGCCUCGAGGCCGAGCUCUCCGACACUCAGUCUCAGCUGGAAGAAUCGAAUAGGCUGAAGCGAGACGCCGAAGAAAAGGCCAAUCACAUGGCCAGAGAGAAGGGCGAGCUCCAGUCUCAGCUGGAAGAGAACGAAGAAGAGCUGGCCGAGGUGUUCAAGAAGUACAAGGCAGCCAUCCAACAGAUGUCGCUGGACCAGAUGGCGCUUCAAGAGCAGGUGUCCUUGGUGUCCGAGUUAGAGGUGGAAAGGAACCAACUGAAAGAGCAGCUGACGGAGUUGACCACGAAGCUGGAGAGCGCGGAGUAUAUGGGCGAUGCUUCGUCGAAUCUCCUUGCCAAGAGGAACGAGUUCAUGGUGAAGGAGCUGGAGUCCAAGUUGGACCUGGAGCAAUCCACCAGGAGCAGGUUGGAGAUCCAGAUAUCCCGUCUGAAGGAAUAGGUGGAGAAGCUCCAGUCGGAAGUGACCGCGGAAAGACGAAAGGAGCAGCAGGCCCAAGACCAGAUCAAGAAACUUCAACGGUCCCUCAGGGAAACGAAAGAGGAGCUGAACAACGCCCUAUCGAAAGAGAUGGAGGCCAGCCAGAGGAAGAAGGACCUGGAGAAGAGGCUGGAGAAUCUGGAGACGGAGGCGGCGAGCGAGAGGAACGAUCUGAAGUUGGCGAAGAAGCGAAUCGAAGAUCUGCAGCUGGCUUUGCAGGGAGAGCUUGGGGAUAGUGUUUCAGAUCAUUCCGAAAGUGACCCUAGCGAUUCAGACUGCGAUUCAGUCGAUACAUAUCUUCCCAACAACAGAGGUUCAUCAUUUGACGGAAGAAGAUUCGACAAUUUGAGUAGAUCAAGCACAUCCUCCAGCAAUCUAGGAAAGGAGGCGUCAUUUACCUGAGUAGCGCAGAAUCUGUGCCGAACAUUUUCUUGGUUCUUCUAUCGCAGAGAUGGACAAGAUGAAGGCACAGACGACGCGAAAGAAGCCGUGACGGAAUUUGUCUGAUGGAACCAUCAUUAUCGGAUGUGAUAAAGAAAUUGUACUGUAUAAAAGUAUGAAGGUUAUAACCUCAGACCUCUUUAGAGUUCGACAGGAAGAUUCAAAAUUUUAUUAUUUAUUAUGUAUCAUUUUAAUAUUGUAAUUUUUGUAUAUAUUUCACAGAAAGGUCGUCCGUACAUGAGAAUCGGUGGAGGAGAUUUGUCAAUUUGUAUGACGAGAAUGUAUUAAGCAUUUCUUCAUGAAGUAUAUUUGCAUAUAAUGCAUCGCGAAAUGGACUUCUGUUGUAUCGUCCACCAAUGUGGCGUUUGUUAUUCUUGUCACUAUUUAGAGGGCUCAUUUUAAGAAGUCGUCUAUAGUGCCUUUUAUGAAGGAGUUGUUCAUAUGAAUUUUAGUUAAAUAUAUUGUAUAGAAAAUAUGUAUGUGUACCACUGCUAGCUUUGUAUACCUGUAUAUUUACCAUGGAAGUUAUUAAUAAACGCUCUGUUCAAGGAAAAUAGAGGAACCUCUCGUGAAAUUAAUUAA